AUGACGGAGGACCCGAAAUUACAAAUCGUGCUUUUGGUAUUUUUAUUUCUCACCUACUUUUUGUGUGUGGCUGGGAACAUGACAAUUAUCACCCUCACACUUUUGCAUUCCCAUCUUCAAACUCCCAUGUAUUUUUUUCUCAGAAAUUUCUCUUUCUUAGAAGUCUCAUUCACCUCUGUCUGUAUUCCCAGAUUCCUGUACAGCCUGACAACUGGAGAUAAAACUUGUACCUAUAACGCUUGUGCCACGCAAUUGCUUUUUGGUAUCCUCUUUGGAGCAACUGAGUUUUUUCUCUUUGCUGCCAUGUCCUAUGAUCGCUACGUGGCCAUCUGCAUGGGUCUCCAGCUGGAAUUCUGUGACUCAAAUCUCGUUGAUAGUUUUGCUUGUGACGCAUAUCCUAUCCUACAGAUCACCUGUUCAGACACAGAGCUUAUAGAAAAAGUUGUUUUGGCUUUUACUGUGCUAACACUGAUUUCUACCCUACUGGGUGUGCUUCUCUCCUACACAUACAUCAUCAGCACCAUUCUAAAAUUCCCUUCUGCCCAACAAAGGAAAAAGGCCUUUUCCACCUGUUCUUCUCACAUGAUUGUGGUUUCCAUGAGCUAUGGCAGUUCCAUCUUCGCCUACAUUAAACCUUCAAGAAAUGAAGGAGUAGCCCUUAAUAAGCUGGUGGGGCUGCUCUUUACUUCAGUUGUCCCUAUGCUUAAUCCUUUCAUUUAUACACUACGAAACAAGCAGGUAAAGGAAGCCUUCAAAGACACCGUAAAAAGGAUUGCAUUUCUCAUAAAGAAGUAA